UGCCCUCCACCCACUGUCGUCCCACGUCCUCAUCCUGUUCUCUAAGUUGGCCCUCGAUCAACUUUAGAGGGCAGCAGACGUGAGCAACAAAGGGCUUUGUGUCUUCUGAAAAGGAUAUAGAAACGGAACUUAACACAGCCUGUGUUUUCAGAGCCUCCCCUUGGCCAGCUGCCUUUGUCGGUUCUGAACCUUUCCGUGUGCCCUGAACUCACUCCUUCCGCAGGCUGGUGAAGUCUAAGGACUGCUUCUCAGGAGAGGUGGGGCUUAAGAUUUAGUCUGGAAUUCAGAUGCCUAUGGAUGACUGCUCUGUGGCAGCUAUCCCAAGAGAACAAACAGCUGCUCUGCUCAUUAUUUCAAACCACACCAGGAGAGAAGCUUGUGCCUUCGACAUGGAAAUCAGUAUGUAUCCUCACAGGGAGUCGUGCUUUCAAGGACCUCAUGCACUCUAUUUUAAGAACCUCUCAAAAGGAAAAAAACAAGUCAUGGAGAAGAAUGGGAAUAACCGAAAGCUUCGGGUUUGUGUUGCUACUUGCAACCGUGCAGAUUAUUCUAAACUUGCCCCUAUCAUGUUUGGCAUUAAAACGGAACCUGAAUUCUUUGAGCUUGAUGUGGUGGUUCUUGGCUCUCACCUGAUAGAUGACUAUGGAAAUACAUACCGCAUGAUUGAACAAGAUGACUUUGACAUUAACACCAGGCUGCACACCAUUGUUAGAGGGGAAGAUGAGGCAGCCAUGGUGGAGUCAGUAGGCCUGGCCCUGGUGAAGCUACCAGAUGUCCUUAAUCGCCUGAAGCCUGAUAUCAUGAUUGUUCAUGGAGACAGGUUUGAUGCCCUGGCUCUGGCUACAUCCGCUGCCUUAAUGAACAUCCGAAUCCUUCACAUUGAAGGUGGGGAAGUCAGUGGGACCAUUGAUGACUCUAUCAGACAUGCCAUAACAAAACUGGCUCAUUACCAUGUGUGCUGCACCCGAAGUGCAGAGCAGCACCUGAUAUCCAUGUGUGAGGACCAUGAUCGCAUCCUUUUGGCAGGCUGCCCUUCCUAUGACAAACUUCUCUCAGCCAAGAACAAAGACUAUAUGAGCAUCAUUCGGAUGUGGUUAGGUGAUGAUGUAAAAUCUAAAGAUUACAUUGUUGCACUGCAGCACCCUGUGACCACUGACAUUAAGCAUUCCAUAAAAAUGUUUGAGUUAACAUUGGAUGCACUUAUCUCAUUUAACAAGCGGACCCUAGUUCUAUUUCCAAAUAUUGAUGCAGGGAGCAAAGAGAUGGUCCGAGUGAUGCGGAAGAAGGGCAUUGAGCAUCAUCCCAAUUUUCGUGCAGUUAAACAUGUCCCAUUUGACCAGUUUAUACAGUUGGUCGCCCAUGCUGGUUGUAUGAUUGGGAACAGCAGCUGUGGGGUACGAGAGGUUGGAGCUUUUGGAACACCUGUGAUCAACCUGGGAACGCGCCAGAUUGGAAGAGAAACAGGGGAGAAUGUCCUUCACGUCCGGGAUGCUGACACCCAAGACAAAAUAUUGCAGGCACUGCACCUUCAGUUUGGUAAACAGUACCCCUGUUCAAAGAUAUAUGGGGAUGGAAAUGCUGUUCCAAGGAUUUUGAAGUUUCUUAAAUCUAUUGAUCUUCAAGAGCCAUUGCAAAAGAAAUUCUGCUUUCCUCCUGUGAAGGAGAAUAUCUCUCAAGAUAUUGACCAUAUUCUUGAAACUCUAAGUGCCUUGGCUGUUGAUCUCGGUGGAACGAACCUACGAGUUGCAAUUGUCAGCAUGAAGGGUGAAAUAGUUAAGAAGUAUACUCAGUUCAAUCCUAAAACCUAUGAAGAAAGGAUUAAUUUAAUCCUACAGAUGUGUGUGGAAGCUGCAGCAGAAGCUGUAAAACUGAAUUGCAGAAUUUUGGGAGUAGGUAUUUCCACAGGUGGCCGUGUAAAUCCUCGGGAAGGAAUUGUACUACAUUCAACCAAACUGAUCCAAGAAUGGAACUCUGUGGAUCUGAGGACCCCAUUAUCUGACACUUUGCAUCUUCCUGUAUGGGUAGACAAUGAUGGCAACUGUGCUGCCCUUGCAGAAAGGAAAUUUGGCCAAGGAAAGGGACUGGAAAACUUUGUUACACUUAUCACAGGCACAGGCAUUGGUGGUGGGAUCAUCCAUCAGCAUGAAUUGAUCCAUGGAAGCUCCUUCUGUGCUGCAGAACUUGGCCACCUUGUUGUGUCUCUAGAUGGGCCGGAUUGUUCCUGCGGAAGCCAUGGGUGUAUUGAAGCAUACGCCUCUGGAAUGGCCUUGCAGAGGGAAGCAAAAAAGCUACAUGAUGAGGACCUGCUCUUGGUGGAAGGGAUGUCAGUGCCAAAAGACGAAGCCGUGGGUGCCCUCCAUCUCAUCCAGGCUGCGAAACUUGGCAAUGCCAAGGCCCAGAGCAUCUUAAGAACAGCUGGAACAGCUUUGGGUCUUGGGGUUGUGAACAUCCUCCACACUAUGAAUCCUUCCCUUGUGAUCCUCUCUGGAGUUCUGGCCAGUCACUAUAUCCACAUUGUCAAAGAUGUGAUCCGCCAGCAGGCCUUGUCCUCGGUGCAGGACGUGGACGUGGUGGUUUCGGAUUUGGUUGACCCCGCCCUGCUAGGUGCUGCCAGCAUGGUUCUGGACUACACAACUCGCAGGAUCUACUAGGCCUCCAGGAACGAAAACAGAGACCGAGACUCAAGUGCUUCCUAAUGGAAUCAAGUUCUUGUCUUUUAGAUGUGCACUUCUUAAAAACCAAAUUUGGUAAUUUAA